AUGGCCACUCUACCUGAAUUGUUCGUGGCUAUCUUUGCGACCGCCAGCGUUGUCCUGUUGGCGACGAUCCUCCCCCAGAGGUCCCUGAGACAGCCGUUGAAGUCGCCAGCGACCCAGACCCCGACACGACGCGUCGAUGAGAUUCCUGCAGAUCAUGUCGAUAACCUGGAUCGCAACCUGAAGUCUAUUUUUGACAAGGUUCUGGACCUGCAGGGAGAUGCGAAUCCUAUGAUCUGUCGCUCUUUGGUGUCACAUGGCAAGGACUCCCUCUGUGCUACUGUCUCGAUCAAGACAUCGCUCUCCGCAGACGACCUGUCCGCUCAGCUGCGCCGAGCCACGAAUAGUUACCCAUAUAACUACACCUGCAAAUUCGAGGGAAUCACGCCGCUCUAUGAGGACAAGAACGGUGCAGAUGUCGACAUCAUAGCAGUACCCGGCCUCGGAAGCCACCCACUUGGCUCCUGGAAAUCCCCAAAUAGCGACGACGUCUGGCUACGCGACUUCCUGUCUAAGGACGUGCCUAAUAUCCGGGUGCUACUCUACGGCUAUGAUACCACGCUGCCAGGCAGCCUCUCGAAGCAGUCCAUCGAGGACUUGGGUGGUGCCUUGCUGGAACAAAUCAUUGCCUAUCGCGCGAGUGAUCGGACCUCUCACCGCCCGAUCAUCUUCGCUGGCCACAGCCUCGGCGGCCUGCUCAUCAAAGAGGCGCUUGUUCGUGCGCGCAGAAGAUGCAGUGAUGCAAACUCUGACCUAUCCAAAGCCUCUUAUGGACUUCUUUUCUUCGGCGUGCCCAACCUCGGCUUACGAAACGACCAACUGAGGACUCUUGUCCGAGGCCAGCCCAAUGAGGCCUUGAUCCACGAUCUCCUCGUCGACAGCGACUCUGAGCCAUCGGCCUUCCUGAAGAGACUCGCCGACCAAUUUUCAGAGAGCUGCAAAGGCCACUACAAGGUCGUGACUUUCUUUGAGCGCAGGCUGAGCCCAACCCUAGAGCUUAACCAAGACGGUAAGUGGCGCAAGACUGGUCGCCCCUCUUUGUUGGUCACAGAAAAAUCGACUACCAGCACGGGCUUGGUAGCCGUCGCCGAGGAGGACAACAUCGCGCUUAACGCAGAUCAUUCUGGACUUGUUAAGUAUGAUUCCAGGAACCAGGGCGACUACACCAUCGUCAGAGAACGACUAAGACGGCUUGUCGAUGAGGCGAGGCUGGAGGUUGCCAAACGAUUCGCCGAGCAUAGCCUCUACCAACCCCUAUCGGAGACAAUGAAAGCCUGUUUGAAAUCACUAGCCUUUGAGGAAAUGGACGGCAGGCAAGUCAAAAUCGACGAUGCUGCUGAUGGCACAUGCAAAUGGCUUCUCAAGCAUGAAACCUUGAUCGAAUGGACCCAUCAACAUCGAGGUCUUCUGUGGAUCAAGGGAAAACCUGGAUCUGGCAAGUCAACGCUGGUGAAAUAUGCCCAAAAUGCACUUCCUCCAAUUUAUGGAACGAAUACGUUUGUAUUUUCCUUCUUUUUCCAUGGUCGUGGUCAUGAGCUACAGAGAACUCCGAUUGGUCUCUUCCGAUCCCUCCUGCACCAGCUGCUCAAGUGUGUCCCUGGCGCCGUACCCGACCUGAUAAAAUAUUUUGAGGAUAAACGAACAACGGAGGGCGAACCUGGAGAGAAGUGGCAGUGGCAUCUACAGCCAUUGCAGGCUUUCCUCAAGUUGUCACUUCCAAUAAUCUUGAAGAGGUCUCCAGUCAUCCUCUUUGUCGACGCGCUCGAUGAGUGCGGGAAAGAAUCAGCUGUCGAGUUGGUCGAAUACUUCGAGAAAUUACGCUCAAGUCUCCCGCCAACGGAGUCUCGAUUCGGCAUCUUCUUUUCCUGUCGCCACUACCCCAUCCUAGAGCUUAAAGGUGGAUCAACGAUAUUGCUCGAAACCGCAAAUAACGCAGACAUCGCUACGUACAUUCAAGGCCGCUUCUCCACGUGUGAUCCGGACGCAGACGUCGAAGAGUUGAUAUUAGAUCGCGCCCAAGGCGUCUUCAUGUGGGCACACUUUGUCGUGGGGCGCGUCCUGGAGCUGAAGCGCGAGGGGGAGUCUCGGGCCAAGAUCAAGACCGAGAUCAAGUCGACACCCCAGACUUUGGGCAAUCUGUACCACGGGCUUAUUCAGGGCGCGAAGCAUAGCUCGGACACCUUGAAAUUGAUGCAAUGGAUCUGUUUCUCUACGAGGCCGUUGACAACGGACGAGGUCCAAUGGGCUAUGAUAGUUGACGCUGACUGUACUCACAAGUCACUCGACGAAUACCAAAACUCGGAUGAAUUCAUCGCCGACGACAAGAUCGAGAGAAGAAUCAACGCCCUCAGCUGCGGUCUCGCAGAGAUCGUACAGUCUAGAAAUGCCCGCGUAGUUCAAUUCAUCCAUCAGUCAGUUAAGGACUUUUUCAUCGAGGGUGGAUUGAAAGCACUGGAUAAUACCACGAAAGCAGCAAACUUAGUUAUCCCCACUGUUCAUUGCCACCUCUCCCGUUGCUGUAUCCGCUACUUCAAAACGGUAGUUCUAUCUCAGCCAGGAUCAGGAUCGCUGGGCAAGGAGGACAAGUCAAGAUUCCCCCUGCUGCACUAUGCCACAACGUCAUGGGUGUCUCACGUAAAGUUGGGCGACCCAGCCGAAGAGUCCCCAAACGAUCUCGUGCAUCUGCUUGGAUGGCCGACAGAGCUCCUGGUUGAAUCAUGGGUGCGGAUAUACAAGGCAUUGGAGCCUUACAAAUAUGACUGCCCGCCAAGCGGGAGUAAUCUUGUGCACAUCGUGGCAAGACACGGCUUGACGAAGUUGCUCCUAUGUCUGCUCCUUGACACUGGCAAGGUUGAUAUCGAUGCAACAGAUGAGAAUGGCCGGACGCCGCUGUCAUGGGCGGCUGGGAAUGGACAUGAGGCGAUGGUCGAGAUGCUCCUCGAUACUGGCAAGGUCGAUAUCGAUGCAAGAGAUGAGUAUGGCCAGACUCCGCUAUCGUGGGCCGCUGGGAAAGGACGCGAGGCCGUGGUCAAGAUGCUCCUCGAUACUGGCAAGGUCGAUAUCGAUGCCGAAGACUUCUGUGGUCUAACUGCGUACCAGCUGUCUUCCUUCAAUCAUCAUGAGCAAGCUGAACGUCAAUUGAUGGCUCGGGGAGCACUGGCCUCUUCCGACUUUUACGGUCUGCAGUCUUUGUUCGUGGAACCUUGA